AUGUCUUUACCGCCGCGGCAACCUAUAGGAAUGCCUCCUAUGGUUCCCGGUAUGAUGACACAGGGCUAUACUACUUUCCCAACAAUGGGUAUGGUAUCUGUUAGCCCGAUGGGAUUAAUACCGCCGGUAAUACGACCGAUUGUGACGACGAGUUCAACAGCAACUCCCACAAUAACUCCAAACAAACCAAAAAAGCAGGAAAAACAGGUAAACGACAAUAAUAAGAAAAAAGAAAAGCCACCAGUCACGACAGUGUUUGUGGGAAAUAUAAGCGACCGGGCCCCCGACACUAUGAUCGGACUGAUGCUACAGAAAUGUGGAGAUGUACUUAGUUGGAAACGAGUUCAAGGUGCGUCAGGCAAAAUGCAAGCUUUCGGAUUUUGUGAGUAUGAAGAUCCCGAAGCAACGUUACGAUGUAUCAGGCUUUUAAACGAUUUCGAAAUUGCAGAUAAAAAGUUGGUGGUGAAAGUCGACGCGAAAACAAAGACUUUGCUAGAUGAUUACGAGAAAAAGAAAAAAGAUGCUAAAAACGAGGAGAAAAACGGCGAGAAAGAAGGUAAGUCGGAAGGAGACGACGGCGAGGAAAGUACGGAAGCCGCUAAUGACAAUGAUCUGGACGAAGUAACCAAGCGCGAAGACCGACUCACUAAGGCUGGACUGGAUGCUAUAAUCAGGGAGUUUGCUGAUGAUUUAGCUAAGGAGCCCCCUGUGGAGAAAGAGAAAGAUGCUAAAGGUAUGCACAGAAAAAACCGGGAGGAGAAAAUACAGGCUGAUAAAGGCCUAGACGAUAUGGAACUGGAAGAGGACACAAAAAAUAUCAUCAACAGAGAAAUCAAAAGUUUUAGAGAUCUCCAUAAAGAUGAGGAAGUGAAUGAUAAAGAAAACAGGAACAGAGAAAGUCUGUCUCAGGCAAGUAGCAGGCGACGCCACGAUGAGGCCCGAGCUCGAAAGGAUAAAGUUCACAAGGGAAAAGUGUUCCAAAGAGAGCGCAGUCUCUCCAGGAGUUCAUCUCGGUCCAGAUCUCGCUCUAAAUCCAGGUCCAGAUCACGAAGAGAUAAGUCGCGGGAAAGAUCCAGAGAGAAAUCUCGUGAUCGAUCCAGAGAGAGAUCUAAGGAGAGGGACCGCAGAGCCCGAGGUCGAGAUUUUGAGGAAGAAGAAGAGGCUCUGGAGAGGCGCAAAAUGGAGAAGAAAUUUCGUGAGAAAGAAGCAGCUUAUCAGGAAAGGUUAAAAAAUUGGAUGGUGCGUGAGAAGAAACGUCAAAGGGAAUACGAAAAAGAGAAAGAACGGGAAUUAGCGCGCAAAGCUGAAGAAGCUAAAGAAGCGAGACGUCUAAAGGAAUUCUUGGAGGACUAUGAUGAUCUUCGUGAUGAUCCCAAGUUUUACAAGGGUAGCGCAUUGGCCAGGCGUCUCAGUGAGAGAGAAGUUGAGAAGCAGUUGGAUGCCCGUGACAGACAAAAAGAAAAAGAAGAAUUGGAAGAAAUUAGGCUAAGACUGUUGCAGGCUGGAAAUGAAGAUGCUGAAGCUGAAAUUGCUAAAAUGGAGCAAGAAAGAGAUGAACACUUAAAACCUCGAUUGCAUUUACUGCCUGCAUCUCCUUCUCCCGUAAAGAAACCACGAACACCUCCUCUUCCAAGCCCCAGGACUGAGGAUAAUGAAUUGACAGAUCAAUCUCAAAUCUCCCCGCCCAAAAUGCAACCCACAUUGAAACCAGUUGAAAUCGUCCCUUCCAUUGCUAACAAUUCCAGGAGCCCCACUGGCACCAUGGAAAGGAACCUUCACAAAAACUCUGACAAUAAUGCAGAAGCAAAUGUUGGACCAAAUCUCAAAGAUGAGCCUGCCAAAAUUGGUUUUAGCUCCAUAAAGCUUGGCAGCUCAUCGGACAGUCCAAGCGAGUCUACCUCUUUCAAAAAAAAAAAGAUUACUGUUGGGGAUGUCUUCAGUCAAGACGACGAUGGUGCUGAGCCUGUGAAAAAACGCAAGCUUGUGCCCUUGGAUUAUGAUGAAGAAAAGCCUGAAAAGAAAGCAACAACUGCUGAAGAGAAAAGGCAGUUAAUCAAGAAACUCAUUGAGCAGAUUCCUACAGGAAAGGAGGAGUUGUUCUCAUAUCACUUGGACUGGAACACAGUGGACCAAACACUCAUGAAUAAGCGUAUUCGACCCUGGGUUAAUAAGAAAAUUGUUGACUAUAUUGGUGAAGAAGAACCCACUCUUACUGACUUUAUCUGCCAAAAAGUUAUCGGUCGUAGCUCUCCACAAAGCAUCUUAAACGACGUCGCCAUGGUUCUUGAUGAAGAAGCUGAGGUGUUUGUCGUGAAGAUGUGGAGGUUGCUUAUUUACGAAACUGAAGCAAAGAAAGCAGGACUAGUGAAAUAA